AUGCUUCGCAACCUUGCUCGUCCCGCCCUCCGUGCCACCCAGCGCCGUUGCGCCUCCACCACGGUUACACCCUCGGAGAUCCCUCUUGCCAACCUCGAGUUGCGCUGGAAGACUUUGACCUCCCAGGAACAGGGCUCGCUCGCCAAGCAGCUCGAGCAGGCCCAGGCCGGCGACUGGACCAAGUUGUCUCUUGAACAGAAGAAGGCUGCCUACUGGGUCGCUUUCGGUCCCCACGGUGCCCGCGCCCCUCUGACUGGACCCAACCAUUCCCUCAAGGUCUUUGUCGGUACUUCCGCUGUCGUCGGCGCCGCUGGUGCUCUCUUCCUCUGGAUACGCGCUAAGGGUGGUGAGGCUCCAAAGACCACAACCAAGGAGUGGCAGGAGGCCACGAACGAAUAUGCUCGCGAGAACAAGAUCAACCCCAUCACUGGUAUUUCCUCCGAGGGCUACAAGGGCGAUGGUUUCGUGCAUAUCCCCAAGAACUAA